UAAAGAAGGAUUUAGGGGAACUUGACGAAGUCUACAACAUCAACAUCUCUGAAUCAACAGCUGGACCAUCCCAAUGGGGGAGACAGCAGGCAUCCAAGACGGUCAGCAAGGACCAAGCGAUGGUGAUGGCCCGACUCUUUUGCGAAGAAUCCAAGAAUUGAAAGAAGCGAUUGAGCACCAAUCGCAGAUGGGGAUGACGGACCAACGGGCAAAGCAACUGACAGCCAGUCAUAUUGCUGCCUUGGACAAGUACAAUACUUGCAAAGAACAUACUCAAAGCCUUAUGAAGGCUAUUGCGUCCGUCGAGGGGAAAACUUUGACCGAAGUCUUCGAGCGAUUUGGGUUGGACUCUUCUGAUUGA